AUACAGUGGUUAUAAAACCUCGAUACAAUACGACUGGUCUCACAGAGCUCAAGGUGACCCCUUUUAAAAAGUCAUUCGAUAUAAACUAACCUCCCGAACAUAGAUAGGGGUUCUGUUACCCUUCAGCCAAAAAAAUGACAAUCUGACAGCGGAAAUAGUAUGGGGCGGUUCGUCAGCAAUACGGAUGGCGGUUAAUUUUAUUAACCAACAACGACUGAUUUCUGGAGCAUACAUAACGUUAGUACAGAAAGACUCAUUCCCGAAGGAAGAAGCCGGCGAUCAAGGGGCUGUGACUAAAGCCGUAUAUGCAUCCGUAACAUUACUUCAGCACGGUGUAAUAGCUGUCAUAGGUGACAUUUCGAGUUCUUGGACAUCUCUCAGUGCCUUAAUGACAAGUACAUUGGAGAUUCCACAGUGCUCAUUUACUGCUAAUGCCAUUGGCUUUUCUGAUAAAAGCCAAUAUAGAUACUUUUAUCGAACUAUUCCCACAAAAGCGAUUUUAGCAGACGUUAUGCUUGAUUUUGCGUUCAGUCAAAAUUGGGUGAAUAUUGGUGUCAUCUAUUCCAAUGAUUUACUUGGUCAACAAUUUUACCAGAAAAUCAUGAAUUUGGCUAGCUUCAAAAACAUGACCGUAAUAGGACAUAAACCUUAUUUUCCCGAUAACAUAGCCGCUUUGUUAGAGUUUGUGUCUAAUAGCGCCAUGAGAAUUAUUUUAGUGGGAGUGACAGGAAAUGAUCAAGUCAAAUUGAUGACCGAAGCGGCUAAAAUCAACUUGCUGUCCAGUCAAUACGUUUGGUUGUUAAUGGAUGAUAAUUCACCAGCUUUAUUAGAUGCAGUGGAAGAAUUAGAUAAUAACAAGCUAUUGGACGGUUUAUUCCUCUUUGAUAUGAAAAUGUCACUUUAUGGAUAUCCGCCAUUUGAAGCAUUUCUUGAUGACUGGGUGAAACUUGAUCCCACAGUACCAGCAUACUCCUGUAUGAUGACAAUGGCAAGAGGUUUCAAUCGUACGUUAUCGAAUAUGGGAAAUCAUACCUUAGGUUUAGAAAUGUUAUCCAACCGAUCACUUGGCCCAUCAAUGACCCCGCUAGCAUUUGAUACAGGGUAUUUAAGUCCUGAAGGGCCUUUACAUUAUGAUAGUAACGGCGACUUAACGAGAGGGUAA